AUGAGAAGAUAAACUAAUUUGAAUUCAGCCUCACCGAAAAAUAUUAUUUAAUAGUACAAACCUUUGAGAAUGAGUCCAAGUUUUCGUAUUAAAUAUUACAUUCCGUCAAAAGUUUAAAAGAUUAAAUUCAACUAUUAAAAGGAUAUAAAAUAAUAUUAGUGUCAUUGUUCUGACUAGUUUAUCGAUAAUUAUCAUAUCCCAACCAUCCACACCUAAAGAGCGUAAUUUUGAUCACAUUAUCACUUUAGAGCAAGUUAAAAAAAAUCCUUCAUGUAUUCAAGAUAACAAACACCCAAUUAUUCUUAAGUUAAACACAAUAAUUCUGAAAUCUAGCACAAUAAAUACUUAAAGUUUACGAAAUUAAUAAGACAGAAAAAAAUGAUCAGAAUUAUUGAUCUAUUGUAAUGA